ACCGUUCCUAGACAUGGUGUACAGUGCUCUAGAUUGUAGUGAAGACGAUUACCAUGCUCUGUUUGUACUCUGUCUCCUCUACGCUGUGUCACACAGCAAAGGGAUCAACCGUGAGUUGUUGGAGAGGCUGCAGUUACCAGUCCCAGACCAGGAGAGGAGCUGUUACAGCCAGGUGUUGGUGGAGAGACUCAUACGAGUGAUGAACGUGGCCGCACAACCAGAUGGUAAGGUACGCCUGGCUACUCUGGAGCUGAGCUGUCUGCUGUUGAAACGUCCGUCCCUCCUCCUCCUCCUCCUCCUCUUCCUCCUCCCUGCUCACUGCAUCAUCAAGGACGUACACCUGGCCUGUCUAGAGGGAGCCAGAGAAGAGAGUCUGCAUCUCCUACGGCGUUUCUAUAAGGGGGAGGAGAUCUUCCUGGACAUGUUUGAAGAUGAGUACAGGAGCAUGACGAGUAAGCCCCUGAACGUGGAGUACCUCAUGAUGGACGCGUCCGUUCUACUUCCUCCUACUGGUACUCCUCUGACUGGAAUAGACUUCGUUAAGAGACUGCCCUGUGGAGGAGUAGAGAAGACCAGACGGGCCAUCCGUGUGUUCUUCAUGCUGAGAUCACUAUCUCUUCAGCUGCAGGGAGAACCAGAGACGCAGCUUCCUCUCACUCGCUCUGAAGACCUCAUCAAGACCGACGAUGUUCUGGACCUAAAUAACAGUGAUCUGAUAGCCUGUAUGGUGGUCAGUAAGGAAGGAGGUCAGGCUCAACGGUUCCUGGCGGUGGAUGUUUACCAGAUGAGUCUGGUUGAACCUGAAACUAAACGGUUGGGCUGGGGAGUGGUCAAGUUCGCUGGUCUGUUACAGGACAUGCAGGUGUCUGGGGUAGAGGAUGACAGCAGAGCUUUAAACAUUAUCAUCCACAAACCCUCGUCCAACCCCCACGCCAAGCCCCUCCCCAUCCUGCAGGCAAACUUCAUAUUCGCCGACCACAUCCGCUGCAUCAUCGCUAAGCAACGCCUGGCCAAGGGCAGGAUACAGGCCAGACGUAUGAAGACACAGAGGAUAGCAGCGUUACUAGACCUUCCUGUCCAGCCCAGUUCGUCAGAGGUUCUGGGCUUCGGCCAGACAGGAAACACUGCUGCCGGAGGUCAACUCCCUUUCCGCUUCUACGACCAAUCGCGUCGAGCGCCCAACGACCCCACCGCACAGAGAUCUGUGUUCGCCUCCGUUGACAAAGUUCCAGGUAAUACACACUUCCUGUUACACACCUACUGUACAUUCACUUCCUGUUACACACCUACCUACUGUACAUUCACUUCCUGUUACACCCCUACCUACUGUACAUUCACUUCCUGUUACACACCUACCUACUGUACAUUCACUUCCUGUUACACACAAUAAUGUACAGAAGCAUGUCA